AUGUGGAACAUGGAACGAGCUGAGGAUAUUGCAAUGGAGAGGGUGUAUGGCUGUCAGCCUGCACCUCCAUUUCUGCAUUUCUCCAGCUUCCUGGGUCCUUCCAACAUGGUCUACCUCCGCUGGGAUCAUGAUGAACAGGAGAUGAUGACCUUUGAGCUGCAGGUCCGUACGACUGGCUGGGUGGCAUUUGGGUUCAGCCCUCAUGGAGAGUUACCUGGAUCUGACAUUGUGUUUGGAGGCGUAUUCUCUAAUGGCAGCAUCUAUUUCUCCGAUUGUCACAUUGUAGAUGAGGCAACCCUUGAGGAAGAUGAAAGCCAGGACUACCAACUGCUGUCACUGACAGAGGAUAAGACCUUCACCACCAUGCUGUUCAAACGUCACCUCCGGACAUGUGACCUGAAUGACCUGGAUAUCACAAUGGACACAGCACGCCUCAUUACUGCAUUUGGCACUGAUGACACAGUCCAAUUCUUCAAAGGCCAAAGGUUUUCCAAAUCUCUUUUCUUGAUGAGGUACAGGGGUACAUCUGAUUCAAUUGACCCCAAAAUAUUCUUCACCUAUGACCUGAGGCUGGACAAUUUUGCUGUUCCAGCUGAAGAAACUAAGUAUGCCUGUACCUUUAUCCCGCUGCCCAUAGUCAAGCAGAAACAUCACAUCUACAAGUUUGAACCUGUAAUAACACCCCACAACAUAACUUUGAUUCAUCACAUUCUGGUUUAUGCCUGUGGCAAUGCCAGUGUGUUACCCAAUGGCACAGAUGACUGCUAUGGAGCAAAUCCAGAUUUUGCCCUGUGCUCUCAGGUGUUUGUGGGCUGGGCUGUUGGGGGAAAGUCCUAUCAAUUUCCAGAUGAUGCUGCAUUCUCCAUAGGGACACCUUCAGACCCUCAGUACAUCCGACUGGAAAUCCACUACAGCAAUUUUGACUUGUUACCAGGUUUGAUUGACAGCUCAGGGGUCCGAAUCUACUACACACCAGAGCUACGGAAAUAUGAUGUGGGGGUUCUGCAAACAGGCAUUUUCACUUUCCCUGUACAUUUCAUCCCUCCUGGAGCAGAAUCCUACAGAUCUUAUGCUCUUUGCAAUACCAGCCAGUUUGAUGAAAUGAAUGGAUCACCAGUUCCAGAGCUGCACAUGUUUGCGUACCUUCUUCACACCCACUUGUCUGGCAGAGGAGUGAAAGCUGCCCAAUACCGGAAUGGUGAGCAGCUGGGGAUCAUCUGUGAGGACAAUAAGUAUGAUUUCACACUGCAGGAGAUUCGAGACAUGAAGGAAAUCAUCAUAGUCAAACCAGGGGAUGAGAUCCUGGUGGAAUGUAACUUUCAGACACUGGAUCGGUCAGAGAUUACUUUCGGUGGGCCAAGCACCAUGAAUGAGAUGUGCCUCGCAUUCUUCUUCUAUUACCCUCGUAACAACAUCUCCAGUUGUACGGGCUACCCUGACAUUUUGUAUAUUGCGCACGUACUCAAGCAGGAGGCCUCAGAUACAGUGGAAGGAAUGAUGACAAUGGACUUUGUUGACUGGGACAAUGAGACUGUCAAAAUUGCGGAGAAAGCAGCCAAGGAGGCAGAUCAAGUAGUCGUGAUUAAAACAAUUAAUGAACUCCAGAAAAAUGAGAGAGGUCUAAUCAGAGACAUUAUUAUUCCAGAGAGGUCUACCUGUCACAAUAUUUCUGAAAACCUCUCUCUAGCAGAUCUGAGGGCUGCCACAAACCUUUGUUCUGCUGCAGUGCACAGGUCUGAGGCAUUGACCACCAAAGAUAUGGUUUCACUUCCUCUUCUUUCUCUCACACAACUGGUGUUUGCUUGGCUUAUCUUGUCCUCUGAGCUCAGGAUGUAA